AUGUCCGCCCCGGACAAACCUCCAGUUCCAGGGGAUGCGCUGGAUCUUCCACCUCGCGCCUUACGCGACGUUCUCCGCGUUUGUCUAAGCGCUAAAGAGUACCGAUUCCUCCACGAAUCAGUGAUCAAACGAACCCCUGCCGUCCAAAACAAGCUCCCAUCUCCAUCUCGCUACGAUGCCAUCGCUCGUCCAAAGAAUCGACACAGUGAAGCCGCUAUUCGCUCAUCGCUGCGAGUAUUUGUCGGCUCCGGGAUUGCGUUGAAGUUGGCAGAUCUGUUGAUUACUCGGUUCCAAGGCGCUCCACAGAAAAAGACCCGAACCCCCUCCUCCGGUCUCCCAAAUUCCGUCUCUCCAUCUCUCUCUCCCUCCUCCUUCUCAUCCAUCGCCUUCUCUACCGUUUCCUCAUCCGACUGCGAGCCAACCUCCGUACCGAUGAUGCAAAGCCCGAUCGGUGCAAGUUUGGCGGGGUUCGCCCUCGGCAUCUGUCCGCAGGAUCAGCUCCGGCUGACCGCGGCGAUUUACACAGGCACCAGGAGUUUGGAAUUCUUGUUUAAUGUCCUAGACUCUAAAGGCUGGUUGGACAAGCGCCCGUGGUGGUUCGGCAGCUGGCUGUUGAUGCCCAUCUCAUUUGCGCAGCUCUUCCAUGCCUUUGUGUUCGAUCGCGAGACUACACCUAAUUGGUUUGGAAAUGUCAUUCUCAAGCUGUCGCCGAGUUACAUCCAAGGCCGACCGGAGUCGCUCCCGGUCGACAUCAGCUGGCCCGAGAAGGAAGAGAUUGUGAACUCUCUUGCCUCUAUUGCUGAUCUCCGCUGGCCGGCAUUCGUCUCUCCAAUUCUACACCCGGGCGAUCCCAACACCUUACCGUCAUCAGUGGCUUCCAUCUCUCCAAUCACUGGACCAGCACACCCUGCAAUUUCGAGUCUAUCAUGCGCUCUCUUGCACCCGAAUCUCCCGAACUGUAGCACGGCAUUCUUGCAUCACAUUCUCCUGUCCGUGCCGCCGCUUGCGCGGUUCCUCACGACCGUCACUCUGGCACUUUCGAUCCCCAAAUUUAAGAGCAUUCUGCUUCAGCCUAUUUCAUCAGUGAAUACUAUGUCGAAGCGCAUUAUCACCAUGACAGCGGUCCUCUCUGCUGCGAUUGGAUCAGCCUGGGGUAGUGUCUGUCUCCUGAACAACAACUUGCCCCGAACAACGCUUCCUACCAAGCGGUUCUUCCUCAGUGGAGCACUGGGAGGUUUGCCAUUUUUGUUCUUGGGCAAUAGCCGUAGCACAUUCCUCUGGUUCUUCCGGGCCGCCGUUGAUUCAGCAUACAAGACUGGGGUCAAGCGUGGACUAUGGAAGGGCCGAAAGGGCGGUGAACUACUGUUGUUUGUUCUGUCCUGGGCGCUUAUGGGGUCGAUUCUUGAGGGGAACCCCGAGGCCGUGCAGGGCGGUGGACUUCGUAAGGCUCUGACCUGGAUGAGGGGCGAUGGAUUUGGAGAUCCAGUGGAUAUUGCUAAACGCAAACUGCGACGGGAAUCGAAGAAACCCGACGGAGUAUGA